GGCAUACACGCGGUCCGCAGACAGGGCUUCUCCGCAGCCAGGGCCACCAGGAUCCUCCUGCCCCCAAGGAAGUGGAGGUUUAAAUCAUCCUUCGCCUGAACCUUCUUGGUAAAUGUUGAGCAGCUGUUUUGAUUUCUCGAGGUCCACGGUGCCACAUGCCGACGACAUGGCAUUUCGCUGCGACUGCCGAUCAUACUUGCUCAUACCCUCCGAUUGAGGUUCAAGCUUUCCCCUUUCAGCCAGACAGGAUCCGGUUCGGCGAAUUCAACUUCGACGCUCACCACCUAGUUCCCGCGACCUUCGAUCUAGCAGAAACUGGCACAUCACGCCGUUGCCCUUUCAUCUCAACAACACUGCGCCACCAAGAAUUUGCAGUUAGCACUGGAUUCACCCAGCUUGCCGUAUCGGGCCCAAGGCCCGAAGCCACAUCCGUUGCUCGGGCUCAAUCGGGCCACAUGCUGGUAUAUGUUCUUUUUCUGACUCGGGGAGGAGGCCAAGGCCAAUACAAAACCACUAGCCUGAAAUCGCGUCAUGGCUCUCCCUGUCUUAUCGCGAGCCCCAGGCACCGAUCAUUCGGGACACGGCAUGUUCCCCUGCCAUUGAACUCAGCUCAACGAUGAGAUGAUAUGUGGUGAUCAUCUUUCUCGAUAAAUUCGGGAGGCGUAGUUCGUUCUCAUGUUCUUUGGAAGUUUGCGCAAACAUCGGAUUUUCAUAGUUGUCAUCGACGACACUGGCAGCGGUAAUGUUGCCGCUUCACGCUCUUCCAGGAAACCUUCCGUCGAGCCCCCCUCCCUUCGGCCCGGUCGCCUCUGCCGGGUUCAAGCCCGUCCGCGGGAGACCCUCCUCAGCGUCCGCACCCACACACCCACAACCGUCUGACGAAUCUUUUCUCGAGGACACGCCUCCUCUCACCAUACAUGUUUCGAGCCAUCGAUGCCUCAAACCUAAGAAAUUGGUCCUGUUUUUUGAGGCGGAUAGUUCGGUCGAACUCGUACGUCGCCAUGCCACUUACCCUCAGGCAUAACUUAGCUUGACACUCAUCAUCCUGCGGACGGACUUUUCUCAGCGAGCUUUAACCUAAGGGGUGUUCUUCUGUUAGACGGAUUGUAGCUCAACGUUUUCAUCUUGGGUCAACUAGCCACCGAGUCUGUGGUCGGCAGAUGCCGUCAGGAUCACUUCCAAGAAGCCCGCUAGAAUGCCGUCACAAGGCCGCUUGUUUCGCCACGACACCCUUCACCAACCAGCCCCUCCUCCGAAGUCCUUUCACAGACUGUAGAACAGUAUUCCUGAUGCAAUAUCGUUCUGGAGAUCACCUUACACUAUUGUGCACCACAACUAGGUAAAACUCUUCAUAGCCACCUCGAGCGGCCCCCGCCACUCACCCUUCGUAGAAUCCCCGCUCCAAGACAUUUCCGGACCGCCGACUGCAGGUCGUAGGGGGGGCUUGCGGCUCGUAAUUUGGCCCAAACACCCCUUGCCUCUCUGAAAUGCUGGGAAGUCUCGUCAUUUGGUCACUGCACCUGAUUGUUCCUUCAUCCUCCUAAGAGCGCCGGGCAGGGGUCAUCAGCUUUUCCUGCUCAGGUCUUCCUUAAUAUUGGCUCUCUUCCCUUCCGCUGCUACACAAGUAAGGACGGACGGAGGCUAUCCAUGCGCAGAUCGCUGGGGCCCGGAUCGAUCUUGGGGCUGCGCUGCAUGAUAAACAUGGCCAUACUGUUUCCCUCCUCCCCCAGUUCUUAGUUCCUUUCUUUUCGUCUGUCCAUUCGCCUUGCUUGUCCCCUGCUGCCGGCCAACAGCUCCGAAUUCAUGUCUGGCCUGCUGCACCAACAUCCACGGGGGUGAUAUGGCCAUCCAGCUGCCCCGAGAAGAGCUAGGCACCGCUGUGGGAGUUCUCGUUUACUCCUUCUUCUGCCUAGCAUGCAGUCUCCUCAUGGCAUGGCUUGUGUAUGCCCAUCGUGAGGGACUCAGCUAUGUCGCACUGAUUUCAUACUUCACAGGGCUCUCGACAGCCGCUUCUGUAGCACAGCAGACCCAUACUCUUGUGCGAUGGAGGGACAUCAAGCUUGAGCAGUUCCGGCAUUCGAGCAUUAAUGUCGGCAAUCCUGAGCUGGCCAUAGCCGGCCAAUCAACUGGUCUUGACCUAGUACUGUUCUACAUCCAGUUCUACAGCUAUAACGUCGAAGCACUUGUGACCCUGUUCUGGGCCUUCGCUCUCACUCAGUCAAUCUUUCAACUCGAACCUGCUAGGUCGCUACGUAAACGAGUCAACUACAUCUCAAAAGCUCUUGCUGUUCUCCUUCCGGCAUUGCUGGUGGGGAUCCUCCGACUGGAGGCUGUUCAGAAGCAGACGGUCCCCUUCCUCGUUCUCGCCGACGGGAUCAUGGGUUUCUGCCUAAGCGGUAGCGGUGUUCUCCUCAUCGUCAUCUUGAUCAAAUACGUCUACACUCGCCGAAACCUCCUAUCGUGGAACGUUCGAUACGGCCAAAGAUCGAACAGCACGAAAAGUAGCGACACGCUCGUUUUCGACAGUAAUAACGGGAGGCGUCGCGGGAGUAUCUACGACAGAUGGUUGGUGGUUCGGUUCAGCAUAGCAUUUGUCGCGUUGGCUGUCUUCCAGGUCGUCACCAUAAUGUUUCAAGUCACCUCCGCACGCCAAAAUACUCGCGAUUCACUAAGCGACAGCCCGGAUCUAAGCACGGAACGAUUGCAUCUGGACCUCUUGCUCUUCAUUCCCGGCGUAUCCGCGAGUUUGUUGACCUUUGUUGUUUUCGGCACGACGAAGACAUUCCGAGAUUACAUUGCUAGUAAACUUAUCCCGCGAUGGCUCAGAGACAGGAGUAGGAUGAAGACGAGCAGCCCGUCAUCUCGGCGAAACCGCUUGUCGCAGACGGUUUCCAAUAGGACCGCGGCAUAUCCGCCGCGGCUCUCAUUGACGCCAUACGUCACGAACGACGGCGGUCUUUACUCCCCAAUCUAUGAUGGAAACGAUAUUCAGCUGGGGGACCUGAAUUUAAAUGGCUCGAGCAAGGUCGCUGAGGACGACCAGUGGCCGUUGGUGAACCCCAACGUGGGCUCUAGUGACCUGAAAAAACCUGCAAAUGUGUAUUUGUUUCCGAAGCAGUAGUC